CUUGAAUUAUGUUACAUAAAUAACCAGACGAGGGCGCUGAAGGAGGAAUAUAGUUUUUUCGAAUGACGUCAUGCCAUGGCUGUCAGUCAAACGAAGCGGAAGCGAGGUAUCGGAGCUUGUGACUGCAAACAGCGGCGGCCAUCAAUCCAAGCAGGGGAGACAGAGCUGUGUUGGUUCUGACUGCAUCGAGACGGCAACGCAAUAACGACACGCAUUAAGCGCUCACAUAGCUGGGGCCAUGGAAUCGCAUGGCAAAGAAGAACCAAAGGGGCCCGUACUGCAUAUCGUGGUGGUUGGAUUUCAUCACAAGAAGGGCUGUCAGGUGGAGUUCUCGUACCCGCCCCUGCUCCUGGAGGAGAGCCAUGACAGCAGCGCCCUGCCUGAGGAGUGGAAGUAUCUGCCUUUCCUGGCGCUGCCCGACGGAGCCCACAACUACCAAGAGGACACUGUGUAUUUUCACCUACCUCCGCUGCACGAGGGCCUGAAGUGUGUGUAUGGGGUUUCCUGCUACAGACAGAUUGAGUCCAAGGCCUUGAAGGUCCGCCUGGCCGACGUCACCAGGGAGACGGUGCAGAAGAGCGUCUGCGUCCUCAGCCGAGUGCCCCUGUACGGCCUACUCCAGGCGAAAUUACAACUCAUCACACACGCCUACUUUGAGGAAAAGGAUUUCUCCCAGAUAUCUAUUUUGAAGGAGCUGUAUGAGCACAUGAACGGGUCACUGAGAGGGACGGCACUCGAGGGGUCACAAGUCUACCUGGGUCUGUCUCCCAGGGACUUGAUACUGCACUUUCGGCACAAGGUCCUCAUUUUGUUCAAAUUGAUCCUACUGGAGAAGAAGGUCCUUUUCUACGUGGCUCCGGUCAACAGGCUGGUGGGAGCACUCAUGACCGUCUUAUCCCUUUUUCCUGGUAUGAUCGAGCACGGCCUGGCCGACUCAUCCCACUACAGACCCAGGACCAGCACGUCCGAGGAGGUGGCCCUCAUCCCGGUAGCACCCGCCUCCGAGGAGUUCGUCUCCGUGUCCGUCACCGACAUCGCCAACGCCACCCGGGAGCUGGUGGGCGAGGCCCCGGGGGAGGGGGAGGAGCCGGGCGAGGGGAGCCCCGCCCAGAAACGGCCCGAGGACUCGCCCCCCGGGCCCCCCUCCGCGGGGGACAACCACCACCUGAAGCCCCCGUCCCGCACCUCUCCCGAAUCCUCGGAGAGCGACUGGGAGACGCUGGACCCCAGCGUGCUGGAGGAAGGGGGUCCCGGCGAGCAGAGGGCCCCGCCGGAGCUCCCCGAAACCUUCGAACCCGAGCCGGGCCUGCCCAUCACCGUGCAGCCGCAGUCCUCCAGCAGCCCCACCGCCCUCGCCCCCGGCCUGCUGUCCGGCCUGGAGGAGGACCAGUACGGCCUGCCCCUGGCCAUCUUCACCAAGGGUUACCUCUGCCUGCCUUACAUGGCCCUGCAGCAGCACCACCUGCUGUCCGACGUGACGGUGCGCGGCUUCGUUGCCGGAGCGACCAACAUCCUCUUCCGACAGCAGAGGCACCUGAGCGACGCCAUCGUAGAGGUGGAGGAGGCCCGUAUCCAGAUCCAGGACCCCGAGCUGAGGAAGGUGCUGAGCCUGACCACGGCGGACCUGCGCUUCGCCGACUACCUGCUCAAACACGUGACCGAGAACCGCGAGGACGUCUUCCUGGACGGGACGGGCUGGGAGGGGGGCGACGAGUGGAUCCGGGCGCAGUUCGGCCUCUACGUGCACUCCCUGCUGUCCAGCACUCUGCAGCAAGAUAACGAAAAGCUUCUGGCUGACUACGGCGCCCCCUUCAUCACUGCCUGGAAGAUCACCCACAACUACAGAGUGUGGCACAGCAACAAGCACCCCGCCAUGGCCGAGGUCACUCCUGGCCAUCCAUUCCAAGGGCAGUACAGUGUCGCAGACGUAAAACUGAGAUUGUCACACUCGGUGCAGAACAGCGAGAGGGGGAAGAAAUUGGGGAACGCGGUGAUCACCACCAGCCGGAGCGUGGUGCAGACCGGGAAGGCCGUAGGCCAGUCGGUGGGCGGAGCCCUGAACAGCGCCAAGUCCGCCAUGUCGUCCUGGUUCUCCACGCUGGCCCAGCCGGCGGCCGUGGCGGGACCGCCAUGCCCGGAGCAGCCCGCGGCGAAAUGAGCGCCCCCUGCUGGCCGAGCACCCCAGUCCUUCAUCGCUCGCUCUUCCUCUUCCUCGCGCUGCUGGGUCAAACUCUGAUGAGGAGGAAGAGGAGGAGGAGGAGGCGUGAACGUCACAGACGAUCCCGCUCCCUCCUUUAGCCUUUCUGACAGACAGACUCUCCUGGGAGGGGGUCACCUCCCCCCCCCCCCCCCCCUUCCCUGUUCCUGUUGCCAGGUUACAGCUGCUCUCGGAGUGUGUGAAGAAGCCAGUGUGCGAAAGAAUUAGCACGCAUAUCUGUACCUCCCCCUCCCGCCCCGUAGGUGGCGCCGCUGUGUGUAUGCGUCGCAUUGAGCGAGUGUGACCAGGAAAGCUGCACUGACUAAAUUCAUUCCUUCCAUGUACUUCCUGUUCUGUGUUCAAGCUCAGUGCUCCCUCUCUGUCCUCUGCUGUAGUCCUGUAUUCGGGAAAUUACAUAUGGGGACAGGGGGAAAAAAAAACAAAACAAAACACUCUAUCGUGUUGCUUCAGUGAUUCAGUACUAAGCGUGACUUUGUGGAAAGGCUGGUGUGAUAUCAUGAGAGAGAGAGAGAGAGAGAGAGAGAGAGAGAGAGGGGAAGACAGAGACAUACUGAAGGUUUCUAAACCUGGUCCAGUUUCAGUGUGGAGGAUGUGGAGUUGAACCAAGUUCAGAACUGCUGUUGUGAAUGGGUUUCUGUUGUGUGUUUACAGGUUUGCUUUUUUUGUGAGUGGAUUGUAUUUCAUGUUGCUCUCACAGCUCAAAACACUUAAUAGGGGAAGUCCACUGUGCUGUCCUGGCUUCAUUGUGGGCGGAAGCUCGCGUUGGCUGGUCUGGGUUCACUGGACAAAUGCCUCAGUACAGGGUGGUGCGGGAAAAACCUUGGUUUUGUCUAUCUCCCCCCUCGUCCAAUGGCAGACCAGCAGGAAGUGGGUUGGGGCAGGGUCAGGGAUUAAUAAGGCAGGACUAAAACUGUUCCCAUUGUCGCUGACCAUUGUGAUGUCACUUUGCUGUGCUGGAACCUCGGAAGCAGGCGUCCGCCAAUCACUGUCGCCGUCGUUCUGCUCGUUGUUACCAACGUGCUCUGUGAUUGGUGGAGCUCAGGGUUUCAGUGUCAAGAGUGUUCUAUGGUGAUGACACCGGUGUUCUAUUGCUGCCUUAUUAUUCCCGUGUUAUUAUACGGUGUUCCUCUGCGUGGGGAAGCCCGUUCAGUACUUUGUGACCAAGUUCGCCCAACAUAGUGGUUUAGGCACACUGCCCCUUUGUGCUAGUCCCAUGGAGUACAGUGGAAGUUCUGUAGCGGGUAAAAUAUUAUACUCAGAAUGUAGAUGAAAGUUCCGUACAAGACACGUCUGCUGGUGAAUUUCAGUCAGGAAUAUCUUUUUGUCAGUCCAUGAGCCCUGUUUUUACAUAAAUGAUUGCGUGUUUUUUUUGGGGGAGGGGGGGUGUGUAUUGCCUGUAAUUUGGUUUUGUUGGGCUGUAUUCAUUUUUAUAUAUGUAUAUCAUUUUAUGUUUAAAAUUUGUUUUUGUUUUUUUUGUUCUCGAGAAGUUCUGGUUCAUGCUUAAACUCUGGCUGCAAGCAGUCAGCUUAAUUGUGUUUGAAAGUACACAAUAAUUCAGUCCAGUUUUUGUCAUUUGAUACAUUGGGGAAAUUGGGAGUGAAAAAAAAAAAAAAAAAACGCCAAACCAAGCAAAUGAAAGCCCCAGAGAAACAACAAAAGGCCUGGACGAGGAGUGGUUUUAAUUUAUUUGUGUAUUAUAUUAUCAUCGUGAACCUGUACAGUAUCACUGUUGUUUCCUGUUUAGUCAUGGCAACACUGGAACAAAUUCUAAACCGAUGGACCACUUGGACUGUGUGUGUGUGCACAUACCAGUGACUAUAUUUCUGUAUAUUUGUUCAGUGUACUUGCAUUUUUAAAACGACUUGACUCUAAUCCCUAUUUAUAUUUGAUAUCAACUUUAAUUUUUAAAUGCUGUAAUUUCCAUUCAGGUAGGCAUGCUCUUUUGAAGUCAGGUUUAGCUUCAGAUUAUUAGAAGGAUAUUUAUAGCUCUUGCCCAUUUCCAACCCUUUUUAUUUCGGGACUUGUCUCGUGGCUUUUAAAAUCUCCUGCCUUGCCCAGUAACGUACCUUUUGUGUUCGUCAACAGCAGCCUGGUAUUUACUGCUGGUGUGCGUUUCCUUGUUGCUGUUGUUGACUUUAAAUGACUUAUCAAAAGAUUUUCACCGACGCUGUUUUUUUUUUUCUUUUAAAAAAAAAUUGUUUUGCAAUAUUGGAAACGUGUAUUUAAAAUAUAUGAAUGUAUUUUAAAUGUGAAUUGUCUGGAGUUCACACAAAAGCUAUAUUUCUUGACAGAUUAUCACAAAAUAUUUGAAAAAUGUAACUGUUAUGUUGUAUGACCAUUAAAUGACAAUUUGUUGCAAUGA